AUGAGGCCAGCGUUCGCCCUGUGCCUCCUCUGGCAGGCGCUCUGUCCCGGACCCGGUCGUGGCGAGCACCCCACCGCUGAUCGCGCCAGCUGCUCGGCCUCGGGGGCCUGCUACAGCCUGCACCACGCUACCAUCCAACGACUGGCGGCGGAGGAGGCCUGCAGCCUGCGCGGCGGGGCGCUCAGCACUGUGCGCGGAGGCCCGGAGCUCCGCGCCGUGCUCGCGCUCCUGCGGGCCGGCCCGGGGCCUGGAGGGGGCUCCAAAGACCUUCACUUCUGGGUCGCGCUGGAGCGCAAGAAGUCCCACUGCACCCAGGCGAACGAGCCGCUGCGGGGUUUCUCCUGGCUGUCCCCCGACGGCGGGGGCUCGGAAAGCGAGACGCUGCAGUGGGUUGAGGAGCCCCAACGCUCCUGCACUGCGCGGAGAUGCGCAGGCCUUCAGGCCACCGGGGGAGUCGAGCCGGCAGGCUGGAAGGAGAUGCGAUGCCACCUGCGCGCCGACGGCUACUUAUGCAAAUACCAGUUUGAGGGCUUGUGUCCCGCGCCGCGUCCCGGCGCCGCCUCCAACUUGACCUACCGCGCGCCCUUCCAGCUGUACAGCGCCGCGCUGGACUUCAGCCCCCCGGGGACUGAGGUGAGUGCGCUCUGCCCCGGGCAGCUCUCCGUCUCGGCCAGCUGCAUCGUAGACGAGGUCGGUAUGCACUGGGACCGGUUACACUCUGGAGGCGUGCUCUGCCCCUGCCCCGGAAGGUACCUCCGUGCUGGCAAAUGCGCUGAGCUCCCUAACUGCCUAGACGAUUUAGGAGGCUUUACCUGCGAGUGUGCUGCGGGUUUCGAAUUGAGUAAGGACGGCCGCUCUUGUGUGACCGAUGGGGAAGGACAGCCGACCCCUGAGGAGACUAAGGAGGUCACUAGGCGUCCGCAGAUCACUGCGGCCAGCCCCAUGCCAAGGAUAACAGGGUCGCCCACGGGCCACGAGAAACCAGGAGAGAUACCCCUUGUCUCUGAACGAGGCAGUUCAGCAACAUCUAUUCCCCAGAUUCCUCGGUGGGGAGCACAGAGCACGAUGUCCACCCUUCAGACGUCCCCUCAAGCCAAGUCAGAAGACACCAUCGCUCCUUCAGGAAGCUUAAUUCCCAAGUUUAACUCCACGUCUUCCUCUGCCACUCCCCAGAUUUUUGACUCCUCCUCCACUGUAGUCUUCAUAUUUGUAGGCAUAGCGGUUGUGGUGUUGGUGAUCUUGACCAUGACAGUUCUGGGGCUUUUCAAACUCUGCUUCCAUAAGAGCUCUCCCUCCAGCCCCAGGAAAGCACCUUUGGCCACGCCAGGAGUCGAGAGUGAUGCUGAGGCCGCUGCUUCGCACUCCAGUUCUGCACCUUGCCGUGGUCUGCGGGACAGGCCGGAGGGCGCCUCGCUGGCGGGGUCUUCUCUUGGCUCUGGAGAGUUGUAG